CAGCCUCCAUGUGGUAUUUUAUUUCUCUAUGGUGCUAUGAUAAAGAAAAGGAAAUAUGAAAUACGAAAACAAGAUUUUGGUGAAGCAAUCACCCAUGCUUGUGGUGUACAACAAUGCUGUCAACCUUAGCUGCAAGUAUACCUACAACCUCUUUUCAAAGGAAUUCCGGGCAUCUCUUUAUAAGGGAGCAGAUAGUGCUGUGGAAGUCUGUGUUGUGAAUGGCAACUACUCCCAUCAGCUUCAGUUUCGCUCAAAAACAGGAUUCCACUGUGAUGGGAAAUUGGGCAAUGAAACAGUGACAUUCUACCUCUGGAACUUGUUUGUUAACCAAACAGACAUUUACUUUUGCAAAAUAGAAGUCAUGUAUCCUCCUCCUUACAUAGACAAUGAGAAGAGCAAUGGAACUAUUAUCCAUGUGAAAGAGAAUCAUCAUUGUCCAGCUCACCGAACUCCUGAGUCUUCUAAGCCAUUUUGGGCACUGGUGGUUGCUGUUGGAGUCUUGGCUUUGUAUAGCUUGCUAGUAACAGUGGCUCUUUUUACUUACUGGAUGAAGAGUAAGAGGAACAGGGUCCUUCAGAGUGACUACUUGAACAUGACCCCCCGGAGGCUGGGGCCUACCCGCAGGCACUACCAUCCCUAUGCUCCAUCGAGAGACUUUGCAGCCUACCGCUCCUGACAUGGACCCCUAUCCAGAAGCCAGCCGGCUGACACCUCUUCACCUGCUCAACAUCACUGCUCUGGAUAGGAAAGGACCGCCUCGUCUUCAGCCGGCCACCUCAGGCCCCUGUUGGGCCACAAAUGACAAUUUUUCUUGACUGACUUGACCAAAUAACAUCAUUUUUGAGAAGCUGAAAUGAAGUUAAAGAAUAUUACUAUGGCAGACUAAGUCUUGUAGUGCCACGACCAAAUUUCAACUUGCUAUAUAUUUAUUGACUUGAUUGAGAGGCUAGGGUAGAAAAUAAAAAGUGAGUGAAUUCUGUUAGCCUUAAAAUCUGCUUACAGUUUUACUCCUUUCUUACCCCUCUGCACGUGGUGGUCAAGUAAAGAGUGAUAUUGAAGGACUUUUUACUUUAUUUUUCAAUAUGUUUUUAU